CGGGGAAGUGCGUCAGAAGAGGCGCGAGGAGAGUAGGGUGCUGUGGUCCGAGCUCGAAGGUGAAGCCGCUGGAGCCAGAUGAUGGGCGUAUGCAGGUGAUAGACUAGAGAACAAGACUUCUGUCUCCGUAGCAUCUUGGAGCAGUCUGAAUGCCAGAAUGGAUAACCGUUUUGCGACAGCAUUUGUAAUUGCUUGUGUGCUUAGCCUCAUUUCCACCAUCUACAUGGCAGCCUCCAUUGGCACAGACUUCUGGUAUGAAUAUCGAAGUCCAGUUCAAGAAAACUCAAGUGAUUUGAAUAAAAACACCUGGGAAAAGUUCAAUACCGUUGAGACAGAUGAAGCUACUUAUAAUGAUACACUAUUCCGAUAUAAUGGCACUCUGGGAUUGUGGAGACGGUGUAUCACCAUGCCCAAAAGCACACUUUGGUAUACAUCAUUAGAAAGGACAGAGUCAUUUGAUGUUGUCACAAAAUGUAUGAGUUUCACGCUAAAUGAGCAGUUCAUGGAGAAAUUUGUUGUUCCUGGAGACCCUGAGAGUGGAAUUGAUCUACUUCGGACUUAUCUUUGGCGUUGCCAGGUCCUUUUACCUUUUGUGAGUCUAGGUUUGAUGUGCUUUGGGGCUUUGAUUGGACUCUGUGCUUGUAUCUGCCGAAGCUUAUAUCCCACCAUUGCCACGGGUGUCCUCCAUUUCCUUGCUGGUCUGUGUACACUGGGCUCAGUAGGUUGUUAUGUUGCUGGAAUCGAACUACUUCACCAGAAACUAAAGCUGCCUGAGAAUGUAUCCGGUGAAUUUGGAUGGUCCUUCUGCCUAGCUUGCGUCUCAGCUCCCUUACAAUUCAUGGCUUCUGCUCUCUUUAUCUGGGCUGCGCACACCAACCGGAAGGAAUACACCUUAAUGAAGGCAUAUCGUGUGGCAUGAAUGGGAAGCUUCCUGGUUUACCAUUGCUAUUUUUAAUAUCUUUUGAUAUUCAUACUUCCCUUUGCCUCCCCAUUGUUUUUAAUUUUUAUUUUUUGUGGAUAUAUCAUUUUAAUGUUGAAUAUUCAUUUUAUUUAUACAUCCAACUAAAUGCGCACUUAGUAAUGCUAAAAUUUAUGUGGUUUACUCUGAAUGACAACAUCUUUCAGAUGUACCAGUCAGGGUCAAUGUCUAGACAGAAAGAAAUGGAUAGAAAGUUAACACAAAUUUGUGAAAGAAAAUUGAAAGUGAGAAAUUAAUUCAGAACAGGUUCUGCUAGUCCUGUUUUAGACUCUAGUAACGAAGUUACUCCAUCUGUUGAACUAGAAACUUUUAAGUUUUUUGGGAAACCUCUUAUGAAUGUUAAAACAUGCUUACUUUUCUUUUAUAGCCAGUCAGCCAAUGGUAUUAGUGCUUUUAUCAAAGGCUUAAAGCUCCAUAAAACUGGGGAAUUAUCUGUGACCUUUUUUCCUAAACUUUGGCACAUACCUUCGUCUGAGGUGAAAUAUGGCAGCUGUUUAUACCUACAUUUGUUUCGCUACAAGAAAAGAAGUGAAAAGAUGCAGUGUUCACUUGGAAUUUUAAUUUUAUAACUUCAAAGUUACAUUUUAGAUAGGUGAGUUAUUAUUAUUUUUGUUUUCAAAAUGUUACUAGGAUUUUCAGUACCACCAAACCAUUUGAAGUUUUGCUCAUUCUUACAUACCAGGUUUGUUAAAAGUGUUUU